AUGUGCGCGAACUAUGAGGGAUUCUUCAAGAAAUUUCACGAGAGUAUUGACAACUGUAUGGACGAUGUGACGAAAAAUAAUUUCACUAAUUUGGAAACCAAUUCAAAACGUGUCUUGUACUUAUGCAGCCUUCCUGCUAUAAAAUCAUAUGAUCUCAGAGGUGAUAUCGAAAAAAGUGAAACAGGUGGCGAAUUUCCCGUUAAAAAAGACUUGGAAAAAGCGCGGAAAUUGAAAGAUGAAGGUAACAAAGCCGUGCAAAAGGGCGAUUGGGCUAAAGCUUUACAGCUUUACAGCCAAAGCAUGCUAUUUGUACCGCGAAAAGAGACCGAAGAGCUUUCAAUUUUGUACGCAAAUCGAUCAGCCGCUCUAAAUCACCUAGAACAGUAUGAAGAGACACUCUCCGACAUAAAACGCUGCCUGUCGUUGGGCUACCCUCGACAUCUAAGAUACAAGGUGUAUGAACGAAAGGCGAGGACUUUGCUCGUAUUAAAAAGAAAUCAGGAAGCUAUAACUGCUUUUCAAAAUACCAUAAGUGCGCUUGAUGAAGCUGAAGGCCUCAACAAGGAGAAAAGGCAAAAAAUGCGAACAGAUGCUAAACUUAUGUUGGAGAUAUUGAACAAAGGUCUCACGUUAGCUGGUAACCCAAAAGAUCCAGAGCCAUUGAAAAAGACACCACCAAAGCCAAAGUUACCGGGCAAAAAUAAUGCUCAGUAUCCAGCCGCUUCUGAAGCCAUACAAAUAGAUUUUGACGAGAAAAAGGGAAGAUAUGCAACGGCUACUAGAGAUAUACAAGCCGGAGAGACUUUGCUAAUUGAGAAACCUUUUAGCGGAGUACUCUUAGGAGAAUACUCAAAGACACAUUGCCAGAAUUGCUUCAUUAAAUGUUCUAUUCCACUGCCAUGCCCGAAUUGUCCAAAUGUCGUAUUCUGCAGCGAAAAAUGUUCGGAUACUGCCCAAAAAACUUAUCACAACUACGAAUGCCAAAUUUUACCUCUCCUAUGGAAAUCAGGCUGCUCCGUCACUUGCCAUAUAGCUUUACGAAUGAUUACACAGAACAGAAAAGAAUACUUCAAUGAAAUCAGUGCUAAUAUCGACGAUAAGCCAACCGGUGUCUACAAGACAAACGAUUACAGAAACAUCUAUCACUUAGUCGCUCAUGAAGACGAGAGAACCAAGCAGGAUUUCUUACAUAGAUCUCAAAUGGCAGUUUCUUGGUAA